UCUAUUUAUAGCUGAAUCCCUCUCUGCUUUUCUCUUCUGCCGAGUUAUGGGUUUGAGCCCACUGUACUCCCAUGCUUAUCACGUUAUCAUCGUCCUCACCACCACUUUCUUUCGCCACAAGCUCUGAAUCGAAUCUCCAUUUUUGCUCUCUGCUUAUUACAGCCUUAUAUAGCUUCUUCCUCUGCUGAACCCAUUUUUCUCGUUCUCCUUCUGAGCUCUGCAACUUUUGAAAAGCUUCAGAGCUAAAUUGAGAAGCUAUAUAUGGAGGGCACUGGGAAGAUGAGUUCUUGUGUUGAUAACAGAGUUCUUCUUCAAAACGAUAGAUUUCCUUCCCCUUCUGAGGUUCUUGAUUCCUUCUGGCUUCCCACCUCUAACCCUUCUUUUCAAGCUUCUGCAUCAUCCAUGGUGAAUUUCAACGGCGGCGGUGGAGAGAUGGAACGCGGCGGCGGCAAUGAGGACUAUGGCGGCGGUGGGUUCUAUCAGGCGGAGAAGAAGCGGCGGCUCAGCCCUGAGCAAGUCCACUUUCUGGAGCAAAGUUUUGAGGUGGAAAACAAGCUUGAACCGGAGAGGAAAGCCCAACUGGCUAAGGACUUGGGGCUGCAGCCCAGACAGGUUGCGGUUUGGUUCCAGAACCGGCGUGCCAGAUUCAAGACAAAACAUAUUGAGAAAGAAUAUGAUUCCUUGAAGUCUUGCUAUGAUCAACUCAAAGCUGAUUGUGAUUCCCUAUCCAAGGAAAAUGAGCAAUUGAGAAAUGAGGUUCAACUGCUGACAGAAAAGUUGAUGAGGAAAGAAAAGGGUUCUGGCGGCUUUCCUCAACCGGCAAAACCAGAAUCAUCAUUGGAUCCAACCACCAACAGAAACCUGGGAAAACCUCAAGAACAGCUAAUCCUCCACACCACAAACUCCUCCCAGGAUAAUAAUGUGUGCAAGCAAGAGGAUGCAAUAAGUUCAGCUAAGAGUGAUGUGUUUGAUUCGGACAGCCCCCGUUACACGGAUGGGAUCCAUUCCUCCUCCUUGUUCCUGCAGCAGGAGCCUGCAGAUUCCUCGAAUGUUCUCGACUCCGAUUUCUCCCAGGACGACGAUGAUAGCCUCAACCGCGGCCUCAUUCACUCGCCCUGCGUUUUCCCAAAGCUCGAAGAAGAAGAGGAUAAAGAUCAUUGCCUGCAAAUGCUGCCACCAUAUUCUUGCGGUUUGGGGUUUUCUGUUGAGGAUCAGACUGCACCUUCUUGGUUCUGGUCUUAUUGAUCUUAGCAUAUUGUUAGCUGUUAAAAGUUUAGUACUAUGAUAAUACUACCUAGUAGUGCUUUCUGGUCCAAUAAAUAUGUUGUAAAGUAAAGAAUAAUAAUGUUGAAUUUGAGACUAGGUAAUGAAGUGAGCUUUUUGGUGGUUCCAACUUCAUGUGGAUCACCAUCCAUCUAGAUACUUGAAA